GGCGAAAACGUUGAGGAAAACAUUAGGUGGAGGAAUGAGACAAAUAGGUGUUCUGUGUGCAGCCGCUUUGGUCGCACUCCAAGAGAACCUCCCAAAGCUACAAUUUGACCACAAGAAGGCAAAGUUGUUAGCUGAAGGGUUGAAUCAAAUGAAAGGGAUUAGAAUAAACGUUGCAGCCGCGGAGACCAACAUGAUAUUCAUGGAUAUGGAGGAUGGAUCAAGACUUACUGCUGAGAAACUGCGCAAGAGUCUAACGGAGUGUGGCAUUCUCGUCCUCCCAGGAAACUCACCUCGGAUAAGAAUGGUUGUACACCACCAGAUAACAAUAAGUGAUGUACAUUACACAUUGUCUUGCUUACAACAAGCAAUGCAAAUGAUUCAGGAACCAAGCCUAAACCAAACCGGCAAAACCGAAAAUGCUCUCUCUUUUUAAAUGUUGUUUGUCUAAGUUAUAUCUAAUUGUAAACAAUAAGGAUCGCUCGAUCUGUCAAUGCAAUUAUCACCCUAUAAUUUCCUCCAUUUUAUUAUGAAACACCCUCACAGUUGCAAGGAAAUUGAUUUUUUCUGGUUUAGAGAUGCCACUAGAGCUGAGAUUAGAAAAAGG